CUCCCAGCCCCGCAGCGGCCGAGCUGCAGCCGGGGCUCAGUCUCCGCCGCCGCCGUGAACAUGGAGCCCCCGGACGCACCGGCCCAGGCGCGCGGGGCCCCGCGGCUGCUGUUGCUCGCAGUCCUGCUGGCGGCGCACCCAGAUGCCCAGGCGGAGGUGCGCUUGUCUGUGCCCCCGCUGGUGGAGGUGAUGCGAGGAAAUUCUGUCAUUCUGGACUGCACCCCUACGGGAACCCACGACCAUUAUAUGCUGGAAUGGUUCCUUACCGACCGCUCGGGAGCUCGCCCCCGCCUAGCCUCGGCUGAGAUGCAGGGCUCUGAGCUCCAGGUCACAAUGCAUGACACCCGGGGCCGCAGUCCCCCAUACCAGCUGGACUCCCAGGGGCGCCUGGUGCUGGCUGAGGCCCAGGUGGGCGACGAGCGAGACUACGUGUGCGUGGUGAGGGCAGGGGCGGCAGGCACUGCUGAGGCCACUGCGCGGCUCAACGUGUUUGCAAAGCCAGAGGCCACUGAGGUCUCCCCCAACAAAGGGACACUGUCUGUGAUGGAGGACUCUGCCCAGGAGAUCGCCACCUGCAACAGCCGGAACGGGAACCCGGCCCCCAAGAUCACGUGGUAUCGCAACGGGCAGCGCCUGGAGGUGCCCGUAGAGAUGAACCCAGAGGGCUACAUGACCAGCCGCACGGUCCGGGAGGCCUCGGGCCUGCUCUCCCUCACCAGCACCCUCUACCUGCGGCUCCGCAAGGAUGACCGAGACGCCAGCUUCCACUGCGCCGCCCACUACAGCCUGCCCGAGGGCCGCCACGACCGCCUGGACAGCCCCACCUUCCACCUCACCCUGCACUAUCCCACGGAGCACGUGCAGUUCUGGGUGGGCAGCCCGUCCACCCCAGCAGGCUGGGUACGCGAGGGUGACACUGUCCAGCUGCUCUGCCGGGGGGACGGCAGCCCCAGCCCGGAGUAUACGCUUUUCCGCCUUCAGGAUGAGCAGGAGGAAGUGCUGAAUGUGAAUCUCGAGGGGAACUUGACCCUGGAGGGAGUGACCCGGGGCCAGAGCGGGACCUACGGCUGCAGAGUGGAGGAUUACGACGCGGCAGAUGACGUGCAGCUCUCCAAGACGCUGGAGCUGCGCGUGGCCUAUCUGGACCCCCUGGAGCUCAGCGAGGGGAAGGUGCUUUCCUUACCUCUAAACAGCAGUGCAGUCGUGAACUGCUCCGUGCACGGCCUGCCCACCCCUGCCCUACGCUGGACCAAGGACUCCACUCCCCUGGGCGAUGGCCCCAUGCUGUCGCUCAGUUCUAUCACCUUCGAUUCCAAUGGCACCUACGUAUGUGAGGCCUCCCUGCCCACAGUCCCGGUCCUCAGCCGCACCCAGAACUUCACGCUGCUGGUCCAAGGCUCGCCAGAGCUAAAGACAGCGGAAAUAGAGCCCAAGGCAGAUGGCAGCUGGAGGGAAGGAGACGAAGUCACACUCAUCUGCUCUGCCCGCGGCCAUCCAGACCCCAAACUCAGCUGGAGCCAAUUGGGGGGCAGCCCCGCAGAGCCAAUCCCCGGACGGCAGGGUUGGGUGAGCAGCUCUCUGACCCUGAAAGUGACCAGCGCCCUGAGCCGCGAUGGCAUCUCCUGUGAAGCCUCCAACCCCCACGGGAACAAGCGCCAUGUCUUCCACUUCGGCACCGUGAGCCCCCAGACCUCCCAGGCUGGAGUAGCCGUCAUGGCCGUGGCCGUCAGCGUGGGCCUCCUGCUCCUCGUCGUUGCUGUCUUCUACUGCAUGAGACGCAAAGGGGGCCCCUGCUGCCGCCAGCGGCGGGAGAAGGGGGCUCCGCCGCCAGGGGAGCCAGGGCUGAGCCACUCUGGGUCGGAGCAACCAGAGCAGACCGGCCUUCUCAUGGGAGGUGCCUCCGGAGGAGCCAGGGGUGGCAGCGGGGGCUUCGGAGACGAGUGCUGAGCCAAGAACCUCCUAGAGGCUGUCCCUGGACCUGGAGCUGCAGGCAUCAGAGAACCAGCCCUGCUCACGCCAUGCCCGCCCCCGCCUUCCCUCUUCCCUCUCCCUGCCCAGCCCUCCCUUCCUUCCUCUGCCGGCAAGGCAGGGACCCACAGUGGCUGCCUGCCUCCGGGAGGGAAGGAGAGGGAGGGUGGGUGGGUGGGAGGGGGCCUUCCUCCAGGGAAUGUGACUCUCCCAGGCCCCAGAAUAGCUCCUGGACCCAAGCCCAAGGCCCGGCCUGGGACAAGGCUCCGAGGGUCGGCUGGCCGGAGCUAUUUUUACCUCCCGCCUCCCUUGCUGGUCCCCCCACCUGACGUCUUGCUGCAGAGUCUUGACACUGGAUUCCCCCCCCUCACCCCGCCCCUGGUCCCACUCCUGCCCCCGCCCUACCUCCGCCCCACCCCAUCAUCUGUGGACACUGGAGUCUGGAAUAAAUGCUGUUUGUCACAUCAA